UCGCAAUAAAUUGUAAUAGCCCCAUACUACGGGGUAAAGGAAACCACCACCCUAUUUACAGCGCCAUCCGAAUGGUCUUACGGAUGGUGAGAUGCCAGUAGUGUACUCUGUGCCGUGUAUGUGAAAGUAUCUAUGACCGUUCCGUGGACGACCCGUCCUAAGAGAUCCCAUUAAAUUUGGCUCUUUUUGGGUGCUCGUUGGAUGUAUCAAAGCCACAGUCAAAUGUGAAUUAGUGAAUAUUCUAGCUGAGAUGGUUUAAUCCAAAAGAAAACCAUGUGGACUCUCAAUGCCUAGGAAUCACACUAAUUUCCCAACCAUUCUUGGGUCUGUGGAAACUUCCAAAAACGAACUUACGGAUUUCCCGGAUUAUUAAACGAGGACAAAUGUGAAAAUUUAGUUGAAAAAAUAGAAACAUAUAUAGUGGAAAUCAAGAAUAGUCAUUCACCUCAAUCAGUGGACAGACAGGUGUGUUAGUGCAGCAACCCCAAAGUAGAAAGUUUGGCGCGCAAAAUUAAUAAUGUGAGCCCGAUUGGGGCAGAAGCAGCAUGAAAGUUUUGUGCUAAUGUGAAUUGAACGCUGCAGCAUCAUCCCCCUAAGAGAGCUGAGUAAAGGGUGCAGGCUACGCGGAAUUUAUAUAAAAAGUGUUGCAAUCAUAAACAAACAUAUCAUUCAAAAUCAAUAGUAAUAAAAGCGAUAUAAAUUACAAGAACAACGACAUGGAUGGGUAAAGUAUCGCAUAACAUGGUAUGCUGAAAAAAAAAAUGGGGAGUAGCACAACCAUUCGUUGCGGGGAUGGAUCUCCCCAAUUGAAAAUGUGAAUUUGUGUGGAUUGUACUUUCGGUAUAAUUCCAAUGCGAAAGUUGCACCAAACAAAAUAAAGGGUGGCAAAAAAGAGGGGGUGUAGUGUUGCAUCUACGAGUUUUGGGCUGGACGUAUGUAUAGCGUGGGUGCAGAAAAAAAAAUUCGAGUCCGGUGUGCCCAAAAAGUGGAACUGUGUGGACUAUUGUGUGCGGAAAUGGGCAUGAUAAAAAGCUGUGUAAAUAUUCGAUGAAAUGGCUGAUGUGAUUGUGACAAACAGAAAUUUGGACGAGAAAAAAACACCGAGGGUUUAUUCGCAACCAUUAAGUGACAUGGUGGUUGCUGAUGGAGUAAAAACACCAGCAUUGUCCGGACUAUAGGCAAGAAGGGUGUACAAAGAGUUGUCACGUGGGGAUAUUGUGCUUCUUCCAAUUGCAGAUAUCACUGCAACUAUACAAUACAUAUACAGGAAAAGCUGGCCCAUUGAAGCAACAUCAUUGAGACAGUUGCGACGAAAGAUUUCAUAUUAAAUCCGAUUGUGGAGGAAUUCACAUUUAUAAGUAAAGCUAUUAGUGAACUCUGUGUGUACCACAUAACAUACUUUAUAUGUGAAUACGUGAACUUAUAACCAAAUGCAGAACUUGUGAAGUAUAAAAAAAAUCCUCAAAUCCCCUAGAGGACUGUUCAGAAAUAAUAGUCGUUGAAAUAAUGCCAAGUACUUCAUCAUCAAGAUGAGAAAAAUUGAAAGCAUGGGGAAAUCAUCAGUGUGGAUGUACUUGCUGGUGAUUUUCUUUCUGCGACGAUCUGUUGCUGCUCACGGAUACAUUGAAGGAUAUCGACCAGAUGGCGAUGUACAGAAAGUCUUGGUGAAUGGCACAGCGCAAAUAAGAUGUGAUGUCUCCUCGAAUCUGCCCAAUGACAAGGUUCUCCUUGUUGUUUGGUACAAGAACAAUCUUCCAAUCUACAGCUACGACACUCGAGGACCACACUCUGGAAAUCCGUCACAUUGGCGAGACGGAGAAGUGCUGGAAGAUCGUGCAACUUUCAAAUCAGUUGGCGGCCCAGCGGAAUUAAUCAUAAAUCCAGUUCUGGAAAAGGACGGUGGAAAUUUUCGUUGUCGAGUCGAUUUCAAACUUUCCCCAACAAGAAAUAGUAAUGUGAACUUAGAAGUAGUUGUUCCGCCCCAACCACCGAAAAUUUUCAACGAGAUGAGGGAGUACAUUGAAUCUCGCGCCGGUCCCUACGAAGAAGGGGGUGAUCUGCAUUUAAUUUGCGUAGUUGUUGGAGGUUCACCAACUCCAACAGUUACGUGGUCGAGCAAUGGCCAAAUACUCUCGAGUACAAUGCUAGACUUUUCAUUUCCUUCCGCAUUGAAUAGUAAACUUGUAGUACGUAAUUUAUCACGAAUACACCACCAUACGAUUUACACGUGUCAAGCGAGUAAUUUUCGUAAGAAAGCCAUCUCAACUAACGUCACUAUCGAACUGUACCUUCGACCACUUUCCGUGGAAAUUCUCUUUGGAAAUCAACCCUUAUCGGCGGAUCGACGCUAUGAGGUGCAAUGUCAAACGGUGGGCUCAAGACCACCCGGGAAAAUUACAUGGUGGAUGAGUGGUGUAGAACUCAAAGCAUCAAAUGUUAAGGUCUCAUCAGAUGGCAACGUAAGUUUAUCAACACUGAAUUUUACACCCACACGACAAGACCACGGGAAGACACUUGUUUGUCGUGCCACUAACGAGCUGGUUAAACGUGGAAUGAAGGAAACUUCGAUGAAAUUGAAUGUGUUCUGUAAGUAG